AUGAAACACAUAUGUCACUUGGAUCUCGAAAACUGCAAAACAUACAAAUACAUCUUUAUAAACAUACUUUGCAUGUUAAACACAAUCGUCAGUGAUGAACAGACAGAAGGCAAUAUAACAUCAGACGAACAUAAUAAUUGUCCUUUUUCUAAAAUUAUUGAAGAUAUAUUUAGGAUACAUAAUAAAACUUCAGAUGCUGGUAUUUAUAUUAAAAAUAGUGAACGCGCUAAACUGUUCCUUAGUACCAUAGCUAACGUAACAGCAAAUGAUAACACGAAUGAUACUGAUCAGGAAACUCUAGUUAACAACAUUAUAGCAUCAAUAAACAGAAUAAAAAAUAACAUAUCAUCUGUAAAUGAUACUAAAUUGAACCAAGCUAUAAUUCUAAAUAUUUCCGAUUAUAAUAAAAAUGAUGUUAAGACGUCUACAGAAAAUUCCGUUAAUGGUGUUACCCAAAUAAAAAGUGGUAUUGAAGAUAAAUUUGAUAUAAUGUCAUUAAACAAUACUUCAAAAGGUAACAAUGUGACUAAUAUGAGUAAUGAAGUAUCUAAUAUAACAACAGAAAAAACUAACUACGUAGAAAUUUUAACUAUAGAACCUAACAAUACCAAUAACCAUAAUACAUCUCAUAACAUAAUUGAAGUUCUCAAACAUUUAAUGCCUAUGUUUAAUAGUACAUUAACAAAAGAACUACAUAACAUCACCAUCAUAGAGAGAAACCAUAACAGAAACCAUUCGUUUACUGCAACUAAAAAUGUAUCUACUAUCGUCGUAACUUAUUGUGAUAAAGAAAAUCUGACAAAAGCUAAUAUAACUGGUGAUGAAACUGAUGAUGGACUAGAAACUGAUUUGAAAGUCCCUUUAGAUGAUGAAAAAGAUUAUUAUCUCGAAGACAAUAUAGAAGAAGACACCAGUGACGAAGAGGAUGACUUUGAGAAGCCUGUGAAUGUAACGAACGAAGUAAAAAGAGAUAUAUUGGAAGCUGCUGAAUAUGGAAUGCAAAAGAUGCAUGAGUUGUAUAGUGUUUUGGAACCAAAGCUGUAUUCUAUGGGUCUAUGGUUGGAUGAGAGUAAUCCUGCCCGAUACGUAGCAGCGUUCAAUGCACCAACCGAAGAUGCUGCAAAGUUCUCCCGUUACGGAUACGCCUCGUUGCAAGCUGCGCAGCGUCUAAAACAACUUACCAGUACUGGUGAGGAUGCUCUCGAAGGUCGUACGGAGGAGGCGCAGUUUCCCAGCGCAAGCGCACUGCGCCAGUCUCCACUCUUGCGGCACUGUCCUCUCCGAGCGCCAAAAUGUCCGCCCGCUUCCAAAAGAUAUCGAACUCAUGACGGCACAUGCAACAACCUUAAUAGACCCCGAUGGGGUUCUACGAUGACCCCAGUUCAACGGUUCUUGGCCCCUUCCUACUCAGACAGCCUCCAAGCUCCCAGGAGAUCAAUAUUCGGCGGCAAACUCCCGUCAGCUCGCGAGAUCAGCUCCCGUAUCCAUGAGAGCAAAAACGUGGAAUCUCCCGGCAUAACACACUUGUUGAUGCAAUGGGGACAGUUUGUUGAUCAUGAUAUCACGUCAUCAUCGCAGACGAGAGGUUUUAACGGGUCUGUACCGAGGUGCUGCAAAAAUGGUGGAAGAGGCAUUGUCCCCAAAGAGUUACUGCACCCAGAAUGUUUCCCUAUCGAGGUGCCACCAUCUGAUCCAUUUUAUGGUCCUCGCGGAGUAAGGUGCUUGGACUUCGUCAGGUCAUCUCCAGCCCCUCGGGAUGACUGCUCUCUGGGUUGGCGGGAACAAAUGAACCAAGUCUCAGCUUAUAUAGAUGGAUCACCAUUGUAUGCCAGCUCAGCAAGACAGUCUGACAAAUUAAGGCUAUUUAGGAAUGGAAUGCUCCAAUACGGCCGGGUGCAGCAGCGGAGGCCCCUGCUGCCCCCCGAACGGCACGACGAGCUCUGCCGUGGAGGAGCAGUCUCUACGGACUGUUUCAAGUCUGGUGAUGCGAGGGUUAAUGAGCAACCGGGGCUGGUCGCUGCUCAUAUUGUAUGGCUGAGACAGCACAACAGAAUGGCUCAAGAACUGGCCCAUCUCAACCCUCAUUGGAGUGACGAAAAGAUCUACCAGGAGACGCGGAAAAUAGUGGGCGCCAUGAUCCAACAUAUCACAUAUAGGGAGUUCCUGCCCAUUAUUUUAGGUACGGAGGUGGUGCGUUUGUUUGACCUGGAACUCCUGAAAAAGGGUUACUAUAAAGAGUACAGCCCUAAAACUAACGCAAGUCCAGCGAGUUCGUUCUCAUCUGCCGCAUUUCGAUUCGGUCACAGCUUAGUUCAAUCCUCAAUGGUGCGGUAUGAUAGGUUCCACAGACCUAUGAACAACAACGUCAGCCUUCACAAUGAAGUAACAAAUCCAUCAAAUAUUUGGAGCAUGGGCGCUGUAGAUCGUCUUGUAUUGGGCAUGGUCAACCAACCAAUACAAAAGCGUGAUGAAUUCAUCACUGAAGAACUAACCAAUCAUCUAUUUCAAACGCCCCAAUUUGACUUCGGAAUGGAUUUGGCUGCCAUCAAUAUACAAAGAGGAAGAGAUCAUGGAGUAGCACCUUAUACUUCUUGGAGAGAACCGUGUGGAUUGUCAGCAAUACUGGAGUUUGAAGAUCUGUUUAGAGUGAUGCCAGUUAGGACCGUGAGAAAGUUGGAGAGUUUAUACAGACAUGUGGAUGAUAUAGAUCUAUUCACUGGUGGUAUGUCGGAAAGACCAGUCGUAGGAGGACUUGUUGGACCAACAUUUGCUUGUAUCAUCGCUCAGCAGUUCUCUAAUCUUAGAAAAGGGGACCGAUUUUGGUACGAGAACGGUGGUUUUGAAUCCUCGUUUACCCCAGCACAAUUACAACAAAUACGAAGAAUCUCAUUCGCACAAGUUCUCUGUCAUACUCUAGACAACAUUGACAAUAUCCAACCGUUUGUUUUUCUAUCACCGGACAGUCCUGACAAUGACAGAAUAUUAUGCCACAAUGGUGUUCUUAACAACUUUGACUUAUCGGCUUGGGUAGAGCUAAAUUCGGACUCUAAUGACAUUAAAAAAUCGGAAGACGAACCAAGCACGCAGAAACCUAAACGGACAAAGCCUACCACUACUUCGACUACUACGGAAAAGUCUAAAACGACUUCGACUCAUCCAAAAAGAAAUGAACAAAAAGUAUCAAGUGCCGCAUCUGUACACGUUUCACAUAAAGUACCACCCCAUACUUCGUCGAGCACUAAUAAAACACAAAAUGUGACAAAUAGCAAACUGACUGACAAAUUAAAUAGAACAAAGACAAAAGACAAAGGUAUUAACAAUGCUACUUUGACAGUAGAUGAAACCAGCACGAAAACUAACCUGACAGCCCAGAAAAUAGAUGAUAAACUGGACUUUAAAAACAAAAGCCGACGUUACGAUGAUACAAUUCACUUAAGACAUGACAUGAGACCUAACAAACCAUCAAAGAAAUUUAAUGAUUAUGAUUAUGAUGAAGAAAGGGACCAUGAUAUAGAGAAUGUACAAUCUGUUGUUAUUAACAACUUACCACACAAACGUCCAUACAACAGACCUAUUAUAACUGUUACUGAGAACGUUAACAAAUAUACUUACCUCAUUAACUAUGUUCCUAGACCAACCGAAUCCUGGCGAAGGACUACAAAAAAGAAUUAUGAUAGAGACGUGGUAAAAGUGACAUAUCAGACAUAUGACGACACGUACAGACGACCAAACAAACCUUAUUAUUACAAUAGACGAGAUGAUAUAGCGGACAAUUAUUAUUAUGACCAUGCUAAGCACAAAACAAAUCUACAUAGAACUCACGAUAGGGAAAAUUUACAUUCAUCUGCUCGAUCCAAUGAAGAAACCAUACGGACUACUGCCAAAAGUACGACUACUGACAACUUUGAUACCUCAGAUGUUAAAAGCACAACAGAAAAUUUAUAUAAAUUAGUAACUUUUGGAUAUGUAGGCAAUUACAAGGGUAACGUUAAUACAAAACGUGAUACUAAUAUCGUGAAUUCUGACAAAAAAGAAACAAAACAUGAUGUAAUAAGUAAAGACUUUUCUACUUAUGUGACUAAGAAACCAGAAAUUAUUUAUGAUAAUGACAAGACAAAUAUGAGACUUUCUACGUUUUUCUUAUACGAAACAGCGACGAAACCUUACACCAAUUUACACAGACCGACAAGACGACAUGACGAAAAUAUUCCGACUCAGACUAAAAACAAAUAUUAUUAUAUUCAGAAUGUUUUACAUAAAUAUCCUGAAUCUAAUACGACUGGGGUCAAAACAAACAAUCGAAAAGAAAACUAUAAUCACUCAAGAGUUGGAGAAGACAUAGAAGAGAGAUCAUCGGCCAAUAAAUUAGCGUUAUUACACGAAAUUGAAUCAAAAUCAACAAGCUCUGAAAGACAAAGACUGAAGAUAAAGAAGCCUUCAAGUCCAGCAAAGACACCAUCUGUUGCAUUUCAAGUUAUACCAAGUGAAAACAGUCCUAUGCAAUGGGCUGUUUAUGAGGAAAAUGCGGAACUUCCAGAGGACCUGCCACAUCGAAUGCCACCAAUAAAAACCGACCCGCAUGCUCUAAAAGAAAUACCGAGACCUAUGAACUUAAAAAGUUUGAGGAGAAGACCAGGAAUGUUCUAAUGUUAGACCCAAAGUAUUUUUGUACAUGUUGUUCAUUGGCAACUGUUAGAUCUCUAUAUAUAACUAGUUAAUUAACAUAAGACAUACGAAAGAACAAAAUAACGUAUGAGGUUCUAUAAAUAAGUUAAUUGCUACAAUUAUUUCAUUAAACGAGAUGAACAAGAAAUGUAAAUAAAUAAGGGACUGAUAACUUACAUAUUUGUUUCAACAAAAUGAAGGUUUUCUCUAUGACUCGGACAGAAUGUAAUAUUGACACAGACCCCUAGUUAUGACUAAGACAAAUAACUUACGAUGACCAACAUGAUUAGGGCAGAACGUAACAUUGACACAUACCCUUAGUUCUGAUAGUGACAAAUAACUUCGACGAACAACAUGACUCGAACGGAUAUUGACGCAAACCUUUGUUAUGACAAUGACAGAUAACUUCGACAAUCAACAUGACUUAGACAGAAUGUAAUAUAGACACAGACCCUUAGUUAUG